AUGAACUUUAAUUCAGUGCGCUACUAUACCUUGCUGGGUGUUGACAAGGAUGCCUCUCUCGAAGAGAUCAAGAGAGCUUAUAGAGCACUGGCUCUUCAGUAUCAUCCCGACAGAAAUCCAGACCCUAAUGCUGUAGAGAUGUUCAAAGAUGUUAGAGAUGCUUAUGAGGUUCUAUCUGAUGAGAAAAAAAGAAAGAUAUAUGAUCAGUAUGGUGAAGAAGGUAUCAAACUAUUCGAGAAUGACGUACUAGGAGAGGAGGCACAGAUGCUGGCACUACUCUUCUCAGGUUCCAUCAAACUACUAUUUAUAAUAAUGUUCCUGCUUAUAUGCGUGGCCAUCCUGCUACCGAUAUUCUUGGUUCUAAAGACAGGAGGCAAGGUGGAUUGGGUGUGGGAGAGUGUCUUCUCUCCCAUCUGGAUCAUAGGUGGCGUAGUGUUCCUGCUGCUCUUUGUCAUGACGAUCGUGGCCAAGAACCUUACACUGCUAUUCCAUCUGGCUCGUUUGACCUCAGUACUAUUGUUUAUGGCACUUCUCACAGCCAAUCUCAACCAACGCACGCACAUGCUAUGGAGUGAGGUGUUCAUCCCCAUCUACUUUCUCAUCUUGUUGGACAUUGUAAUCAUCAUUCCCACUGUUCUGUAUGGACGAUUCAAGAAUAGAUUCGCUCCUGGCGAACAUAACGACACUGUUACCGACUUUGGCCUUGGUUAUGCUGGUUUCCUGUUGCGCAAGUUCUCCUUUGACUUGAUGGCAGCAUGGUUCAUCGUGUUCUUGGUCGUUCGACUGGACAGCGUUGUUGGCUGGAGCUGGUGGAUCAACGCCAUCCCAGUGCUAGUGGCAUUGUUCUUCCAGUUUAUCAUCAUUGUUUCAGACUACCGAUCGGACAAGCAGCACCAUCACGGCGACCAACAGGCAGAGGAGCUUGGCAUGAUCCGUAAUGCACACAUCUGUUGUUAUACCUUCCUCGUUAUUAUAUUGGUCAUCUUUAUUGGAUUGCUGGCGUCACACUUGGAUGGCAAGAACUAUUCAAUGGCCGCUGUCUUUAUACCUAUUUUCAUUCUUUGCGGUUUACUAUUCUGCUUGGUAUGUUGCAUAGUUCCAUGCGUUACAUGUUGCGCUCCAGGUGCAGAGGACACAGACAAUCCACUGUUCCAGCAACAGCAAGACUUCUUUGCAAUGAUAAACUAUCGAAUGAUGCGACCUCAAAAGUUCUUGGAGAACAAUGCUCAUCAAGCAAUCCCAAUACCCUUGCCGCAGCCUAUUGUUCUGCAACAACAACAACAACAACAGGAACAA